UACGCCGGCCGCCGGGGAGGUGCGCCGCCCGGCUCCCGUAAAGUUAUUGUGAAUGGGGAGCGGUGACGUCAGCGCCCGAAUGUCAACAAUGUAGCGAUUGAGAGUGUGGGCGUUCCGGGGAGAGCGCGAGCCGCGCGGAGCCAACAGCGCCGAGCCGCCGCCGCCUCAGCCGCCGCCGCCGCCGCCGCCGCCGCCGUGCAGCCCGGGCUCCGAUCGCAGCAGCAGCGCCCGCCGCCCUCGCCGCCCGCCCGCCCGCCCCCGCGGCCGCCGGGCUCUCGCGCUCCCCCGACCUGCCCUCGACCCCUCCCCUCCCCUCCCCCCUCCCCCCGGCACACUCUCGGGGAGCUGGGAACCAGCUGCCAUGUGAUGCGCGUCCCCUCCUCGAGCUUUUGGUGACCCCCGAACCGCCCACCGCGCCGGCCGCCGGGAGGGGGCUGCGGGCUGGGAAGACGCCGAGGAGAGGAGGCGGAAAAGGGCGCAAAGUUCUCCGCGGAGGGCAGCUGCCUGCUUCAGGAAGGGAGGUCUAUGGGAACAAGGAGAAUCUUCAAGGACAGCCUCGCAUUGUGACAUGCCUGAUCCCUCACUUCAGGCCCUGCAGUAUGAACAAGGUGGACACUCAAUGACCUGUCACGAGGCUGCCCCACAGAGCUUUGGGGUUCAUGUCUGAAUGGAUUGCUGUGGCCUUCUCAUCUCUCCCUUCGCCCAGUUCCCUGCCUCCUAAGACUCGAAGCCAGCACAGGACCUGGAAAGAUUACAUAAGUCCUGACGACAGUGGACUAGAACCCGAACAGGUUUCUGCUGCGUCUGAUCAGCGCUGCUCUAGAACCCGCAUUAUCGGAAGAAGGAGUCAGCUCUGCAGGGUGUGUUGACUACCGGAGGAUGACAGAACACUUCCUCUAGUUUCUGGAUAAUGAGCAAGCACACAGGGUCUGAACGGCAUGUCUGUGGAUGAGAAGCCUGACUCCCCCAUGUAUGUGUAUGAGUCCACAGUCCACUGCACCAACAUCCUCCUGGGCCUCAAUGACCAGCGGAAGAAGGAUAUUCUCUGUGACGUGACUCUGAUCGUGGAGAGGAAGGAGUUCCGGGCCCACCGGGCUGUGCUGGCUGCAUGCAGUGAAUACUUCUGGCAGGCGCUGGUCGGACAGACGAAAAAUGACUUGGUGGUCAGCUUGCCGGAGGAGGUCACGGCCAGGGGCUUCGGGCCGCUGCUGCAGUUCGCCUACACCGCCAAGCUGCUGCUCAGCCGGGAGAACAUCCGCGAGGUCAUCCGCUGCGCCGAGUUCCUGCGCAUGCACAACCUGGAGGACUCCUGCUUCAGCUUCCUGCAGACGCAGCUGCUGAACAGCGAGGAUGGCCUGUUCGUGCGCCGCAAGGACGGCGCGGCCUGCCCGCGCGCCCACGAGGACCCGGAGAACUCCGAGGGAGAGGAGGAGGAGGUGGAGGAGGAAGAGGAAGAGGUGGAGACCAUGGAGUCGGAGACGGCCAAGAUGGCCUGCCCCAGGGACCAGGCGCGUCCACACCCGGGCAGCUUCGAGGCCAUGGCCGCCGCCGCCGUCGUCCCGGGAGCACCGAAGGAAGAGGCUCUGCUGGUGCCUGAGCCCGACGGGCCCGCGGACACCAAGGAGAGCUCCGACAAGGACGCCUUGACGCAGUACCCGCGAUACAAAAAGUACCAGCUCGCAUGCACCAAGAACGUCUGCAACGCGUCAUCCCACAGUCCCUCAGGGUUUGCAAGCACAUGCAGCGAGGAGAGCUCCGGCCACAGCCUCAAGCCCGGGCUCGCCGCCGCCGCCGCCGCCGCGGGGCAGAUCAAGAGCGAGCCUCCCAGCGAGGAGAACGAGGAAGAGAGCAUCACGCUCUGCCUGUCCUCCGGGGACGAGCCUGAGGUCAAGGACCGAGGAGCCGGGGACGUGGAGAUGGACCGCAAGCAGCCCAGCCCCGCGCCCGCGCCCCCCUCGGGCGCCGCCUGCCUGGAGAGGUCCAGGACCCUGGUGGCCUCGCCCUCCUGCCUGAGGUCUCUGUUCGGCGCAACAAAAAGUGCCGCCGAGCUGUCUGGCCUGCCCGGCACGUCUCAGCAGCACUUUGCCAGGAGUUCCGCGUGCCCUUUCGACAAGGGCAUCACUCAGGGUGACCUUAAAACUGACUACGCCCCCUUCGCGGGGGGCUACGGACAGGCCCACAUGGGCCAGAAGGAUGCGUCCGGCCUCCCGCUGGGGUCGCCCCUCAAGGGCCCCGGGGUGGAGGCGCUCUGUAAGCAGGAAGGAGAGCUGGACCGGAGAAGUGUCAUCUUCUCCUCGAGCGCUUGUGACCCAGUGAGCAGCACUUCGGUGCAUUCGUAUUCCGGGGUAAGCAGUCUGGACAAAGACCUCUCCGAGCCGCCGGUGCCAAAGGGUCUGUGGGUAGGGGCCGGCCAGUCCCUCCCCAGCUCGCAGGCCUACCCCCACGGGGGGCUGAUGGCCGACCACUUGCCAGGAAGGAUGCGGCCCAACACUAGCUGCCCGGUGCCAAUCAAGGUCUGCCCGCGCUCGCCCCCCUUGGAGACCAGGACCAGGACUUCCAGCUCCUGCUCCUCCUACUCCUACGCGGAGGAUGGGAGCGGGGGCUCGCCCUGCAGCCUCCCGCUCUGCGAGUUCUCCUCCUCACCCUGUUCCCAGGGAGCCAGAUUCCUUGCCACAGAACAUCAGGAGCCAGGCCUGAUGGGAGAUGGAAUGUACAACCAAGCCCGACCCCAAAUUAAAUGUGAGCAGUCUUACGGAACCAACUCCAGUGACGAAUCCGGAUCGUUCUCGGAAGCAGACAGUGAGUCGUGUCCUGUGCAGGACAGGGGCCAGGAGGUCAAACUCCCCUUUCCUGUAGAUCAAAUCACAGAUCUUCCGAGGAACGACUUCCAGAUGAUGAUCAAGAUGCACAAGCUGACCUCAGAGCAGUUGGAGUUCAUUCACGACGUCCGGCGACGCAGCAAGAACCGCAUCGCGGCCCAGCGCUGCCGCAAGAGGAAGCUGGACUGCAUUCAGAACUUAGAAUGUGAAAUCCGCAAACUGGUGUGCGAGAAAGAGAAGCUGCUGUCCGAGAGGAACCAGCUGAAAGCGUGCAUGGGGGAACUGCUGGACAACUUCUCCUGCCUUUCCCAGGAAGUGUGCCGAGACAUCCAGAGCCCCGAGCAGGUCCAGGCCCUGCAUCGGUACUGCCCCGUCCUCAGACCCACGGGUCUCCCCACAGCCUCCAGUGUUAGCCCCGCGCCCCUGGGCGUGGAGCAGAGCCUGGCUGCCCCUCCGUGUGCGGCUGGGGACACGGUGCCCUGCUGUUUGGAGCAGGGCACAGCUCCGCCCGGGCCCCCCUGGGCCCCCGGCAACGCCUCAGAGAACUGCACCUCUGCGCGGAGGCUGGAAGGCACUGACCCUGGAACCUUCUCAGAGAGAGGCCCUCCUCUGGAACCCAGGAGCCAGACGGUGACCGUGGACUUCUGCCAGGAGAUGACUGACAAGUGUACAACUGACGAACAGCCCAGGAAAGAUUACACCUAGAGAGGCGGCCCGCCUCCGCGUUCUCACACCUCCCCGCCAGGUGGCGCUGUCCGGCUGUCGUCUGGAAGAACCAAGAAGGAGUUGGGUGCACACUACAGCAGCGGCCUCAGCAGCAAUACUGUUUCCAAGGAUUCCCUCCUCUCUCCACGCAGGAGCGAUCGUUACCUUCACAAUGGUGCUACCCCUUGCCCCGGCAAGGAAAGAAAGACAGCAGUGACGACACUGUCUGUCUGUGGGUUAAUUGUCAAUCUUAACAGGGAUGGACGAUAACACCUCUAGGACCCAACCACGGAUUUUUUUCUCAGUGGCCCAUGUCACAAGCCCUAUCUCAGGAAUUUCUUCUGAAUGUUCAAUUUUUUUCAUUGAAGACAGCUUCUAUACACAUCAAAGUUUUAUAGCUAGACUGUACAUAUUAUAUAUAUAAUAUAUAUAUAUAAAGUAUAUAUAUAUAUCUCCAUAUGCAAAAGUCCUGCAUGCCUCAGUUUUCUCAUCCCAAAACUGGAAACUUCAUUUCUCACUGACAGACAGGUUCCAACAUUCCUCUUCUUUUGUCUCUGAUGCUAGAACUAGUUUGGUAACUGUUAACAUGGUCAGUUUUGUUUUUUUUUUCCUUGCUUCACAGUUCAACUUCAAUUUGUACUUAUUUAUGGACAGAAUUCGAUGUCGGGAGUUUUCAUUUUAAGGUUUUUGUUUCAGACAGCCUUUUCUGUUUGGUUUGGGUUUGGCACCGUCAGGUGGUGCCAUCUGAGUUUGUGGGUUUGUUUCUGCAGACACUGUACAGUCAUGGUCAACUUUGCCACUUGCACUGGGUUUUGGGUCAAACCUAUUUUGUUAAAUGAAGUUGCAACUUCCGUAUAACUCGAGUAUACUGUAUAUUCUUUGCUUUUAGUUUAAAAGUAAAACAUUUUAGCUCAUUAAAAAAAAAAAAAAACAACAACCACUCAGGUGAUAAUUAUAUAGGAAAAAAAAAAAAAACAACAACAAUCUUGCCAAAUAAUGAAUUCAUCCUAGGAUGUGUCGACAAUAAUCUGCUUGAAUAUUUUUCUAUCUCACCUCCUCCCCACCUUUCCUAAGCAGAGUGGAAAUGCAGGUGGAGAGGUCGGAGUUGAUGCUGGAUGCUCAGAUUCCCACGUGGGGAGAGAGUUUGGGCAUCUCACUCGGAAGUGCAUCGGAACAGUAGGUGCUGGCUCCUGGAAAUAAGUCAGAACUGCUUUCUCACCAGGGAGGAAGUCCUGUUCAUUUCAACACUUCACGCGGCCUCCCCCGCCCUGGGGGUGCAGUGUGGCAGCACCUUCUCCCUGGAAGGCCGUGGCUGAGCAGGACUGGCCUCCUGGGAGAGCUCACCUGCAGGGUGAUGGGCAGCCCCAAGGCCCCGCCUCUGCCCGGCUGCCCUGGAUCGGCGCAGCUCACCCAGCGUAGGAGAGAGCGGGUCGGAGCGAGCCUGAGGUCUGUCCAGGACACCAGGGAGAGCAUUUCUCCCUCCCUUUCUUCUCCAAAUGCUUCGAGCUGAACUCUGAGGUUUUCCCCGCCAGUCUCUUGCCCCCAGGCAGAUUUCAUUCUGAGUCUUUGGAUGUGGUGUGGCCAGGAGCCUGCCCUGCCCCUGCCCCCCACCACACACACACACACACACACCUGCCCCUCACCUGGUGAUCACUUUCUUCUCUUGCUGCAAAGCUGGUUGGUUGGCUUGCAACCCACAGAGAACAGCUUCCCUCGGCUGGGGGUUUGGGGGGAGGGGAGGGGCGGCGGGUGUGGGCCCCUGGCCACGUUUACAGGAGAGUGUGCUGAGACCCCGCGCCAGCCAGCCGCAGAGGAGGAGGAAUCAGCUCCCUCGCUCCAGCAGCCGGGGGCGGGGGGAAGAGUCCCUGAGGGUUUGAUGUGGGGGAUGGGGUGGUGGGCACCGGGGACUAGAUGGUUGACUUUGUUUCUUUAUUUGUGCCAUUGUUUGGACAAUAAUAUUAAAGCUGCAUGUAAAAGGGGGAAUUAGUAUAUGAUGUAGGCAAAAGUGAAACCAUAGUAACAUGUUUUAGUAUUAUUAACUUCUGUACAAAUAUUAGCGCUUAAACGUUGGAAUAUGUAUGAAUGCCGGAAAUACGUUGGUUCAUGCCGUAGGAUUAAAAACACACAAAAAAGGCUUUUCUUUUAAACUAGCUCCACUUUUAAAACCUGCCUCUGGGUUUUCGUGUCGCGCGUGCGUGUGCGUGUGCGUGUGUGUGUGUGUGUGUGUGUCACUGAGCUCCGUACCAGCGCUGCCCCUGCAUCGCGGCUGUUGGCAUUUCUCUGCCUCGUAGACAGGCCUUGUGCUUCACCAAGGGGUCCGCCCGCCUCGGUGGAAGGCUGGUGACAGCUCGAAUUUACACUCAAUGCUAAUUGCGUGACCCAUCCCAAGUCUGUGCUGUGGUGGAGUCAGCCAACAGUAUUUUGUUUUUGAACACUCUUGUUUCCUUUUUUACGUGACCUCUUUUUCAAAAAAAAAAAAAAAAAAAAAAAAAAAAAAUGUUUUCUGCUCAGAUCAUAACCAGGUCCAAACAACUUGUUGGCAUCAGUUAUCCAUUGGUAACAACUCACGUGCAACUGGUAGUCUUGACCACAUUCUGUCCAUCCCUCCCUGUGGGUCCGUCUGCACACACCUGUGCCACGGCCACUCCCAGGGGGAGGGACUCUCUCUCUUUCUCUCCACCCCAACUCUGUCCACCCCCUCUUCCUGCCAGCCCCCUCCUCGCUUUUAUUCCUCUCCCCCAACCAAACCCUUGCUGUAGGAACUGGUUAAAAACACUGCUUGAAAAAACUGUCUUUCGAUUUCUUUUUCACAAGUUGUUCUGAUUUUGCUCACCAUCCGCCAUGAACAGCGAAGAACGCUGUGCAAUGCGACAUGUCCCUGUCUGGUACUGCUCUGAAGCAUGUGUUUGUCAAGAUUAUUCCCGGGUCCAUUCAAAGGGAGGACUAGCUGGGGACCAGAAUCCAAACUGCCUCAAGUGGAAUUUU